UCACUAAUGAUAGCAGGGGCGCGGGUGGUGAAGUCCGGCGAGGAGAGGCGCUGGUGGAGGAUACCGGAGGUAGAACCCAGCAUGAGCGAGGACGGUGGCGAACAUCAGGCCGCCGGAGUGCCCAGAUCUGGCAACAUCCUGGUCCGAGGGCAAGGAGAAAAUAGGGAGGAGGGGCUUCUCGGAUCAGGUGAGCUAUCGGGGGCUUUUAUAGCCCUCCCCGGGGAAGGAAGAAAAUGGCCGUGGCUCGUUCACCGCCGUGAUGCUCGCGAUGGUUGAGCGGGAUCGGAGGCCAUUCAAGAGUCCACGGCAUUUCCGCUCCAGUCUCGCCUCCGUUACCCCGAGGAAGAAGACCAGAGGAUCGCGUCGCGAUCCCCUGUCUCAGUCUCUUCUUCAGCCAUGGACUGAAACCGGUUGCGUCCGCCGGCUUCGGCCCGAUUGGCCCAUUUGGGCCAGUUAUUUUUGUGGUAGCAAACCAAGAUAGUCAAGAUAAAAAGAAUCUUCCACAAAAGACAGCUAGUCAAGAUAAAGAUGAAAGAGGAAUCAGCCAUAAAAGGCACCAUACCAAGUCAAAGAGAGGAAAGAGGAAGAGAUAGAGCAGGCAACCAUGGGGUUUGGAGCAGUCGAGGCGCUGUGGAGAAUAGGAUGGGGAGCGGUUGGCGUGCUGUUACUGCUAUGGGCUUGGAGAGGAUUGGAGCGGCUUUGGUGGAGACCAAGGAUGCUGGAAAGAGCGCUCCGGGCCCAAGGGCUGCGGGGCACCCGGUACCGCUUCCUCUGCGGGGACCUCAAGGAGAACGCCCGGCUCAGCAAGAAGGCCCGGGCCAAACUCAUGCCUCUCUCUCACGACAUCGUCCCUCGGGUCGCUCCCUUCCUUCAUCGUGUCAUGAAGGAAAAUGGUAAAAUGUCAUUCACUUGGUUCGGGCAUCAUCUGAGAGUAGCCAUUAUGGAUCCAGGACUGACAAGAGAAAUUCUGUCCAACAAGUUUGGUCACUUUGAGAAGCCAAACUCACAUCCUCUAGUUAAGUUAUUGGUUGGAGGACUCGCAAGUUAUGAAGGUGAGAAAUGGGCCAAACAUAGGAGGAUCAUCAAUCCUGCUUUCCAUCUAGAGAAAUUAAAGUACAUGCUGCCAGCCUUCUCUGCUUGCUGUGAUGAGCUGAUAGAUAAAUGGGACAGGCUUGUAGCUUCCAAAGGAUCUUGCGAACUGGAUGUAUGGCCUGAAUUCCAGAGUUUCACUGGAGAUGUCAUCUCCCGCACGGCAUUUGGUAGCAACUUUAGAGAAGGCCAACGGAUAUUUCGCCUCCAAGAAGAGCAAGCUGAGCUUGUAAUGCCAGCUAUUCAAAAUAUAUACAUCCCUGGUUUCAGGUUUAUUAUUUCUCUUUUCCUAUUAAUUUUAUUUCAGUUUUCAGUAACUUCAGAGGAACAAUCUCCAAUAUGUAAGAAGAACAAAAAAAGGAAAAAACAUAUUAAAAGAACUUCAUCCUAUUUUAUUUCUCAAUUCUAAUAUUGUGUAAUACCCAUGAAAAAAAAAAGAAAAAAAAA